AUGUCAACAGAAUUUACACCUUUAAAAUCUGAUGAAGUUCAAUUAUUUGAAUUAGCUCGUCUAUCAAAUAUAGUUAUUGAUGAACGUAUGUUUAAAAUAAUUCUUGAAUUACUUAAACUAAAUAUUAAACCAGAAGCAAUCAUUCAAGUAUUAAAAGUCUUAGCUAAACAAGGAUCAUCUUCAGCAACAUCAUCAUCAUAA